CUGGUUCAGCACGCGAUCGGCGACGGCGAUUCUCCGAGUUUCGGCUAAGACGGCGACGGCUAGUUGCGAUUCCCCCGCCGCAUCCUUCGGGCUACUAGCUUUCUUAUCCUCCAUGCUUGAGGAGAUAGUCUCAGGAAAGUGAGAAGAAGGAAUCUUAUGGCGAAAGCUAAGCCGCAGAAAUCGAAGCCGAGGAGACAACAGCAUCAGGUGAAGAAGCAGGGAAAAGAGGGUGAUCUCUCGCAGUUUCGUGCCCAGCUUGACGCCUUGGGGCUUAAGAUAAUCCAAGUGACUGCAGACGGUAAUUGUCUCUUCAGGGCACUUGCUGAUCAAUUGGAAGGCAGUGAGGAUGAAUAUGGAAAGUACCGCAGCAUGGUAGUGCAGUAUAUAGUGAAAAAUCGUGAAAUGUUCGAGCCUUUUAUCGAAGAUGAUGUGCCUUUUGAUGAGUACUGUAAAUCCAUGGAAAGCGAUGGCACCUGGGCCGGCCAUAUGGAAUUACAGGCAGCUUCUCUUGUCACGCGCUGUAAUAUAUGUAUUCACAGGAACCUGUCACCACGUUGGUAUAUACGCAAUUUUGAAGAUGCAGGAACCCGCAUGAUCCAUUUAUCUUAUCACGACGGAGAACACUAUAACAGUGUGCGGUUGAAGGAAGACACUUGUGGAGGACCAGCCAGGCCUGUUGUAAUAAAGGCUGAUGCUAAUCUUUCAGCAUCGACUAAACAAGCAAAGGCUACAAGCAGCAAGUCCAAAAACAGAACUGAUAUGCGUAAUGUGGAUGCUGCAGCUAUCAAGUUAGUCAUGGCUGGUAGUGGCUGCGACAAUGCCGAAAAAGCAGAACAGGUUCUACUACAAGUAGAUGGUGAUGUUGACGUGGCGAUAGAGUUUCUUAUAGCAGAGCAAGGAUCGGAAAUUUUGGUGGAUGAUGAUUCACAAACCCCUUCUGCAGAUACUCCACUUGCAGGUGAUAGGCUGACUGAAAGCACUGAGCAUCUCAUGGAAGAAUCUAAAGAGAAGGCCGAUGAGCAGGAACCAUCUAAUUGCAACAACAUCAAGAGAGUCCACACUGAACACAGUUCACAGCCGGAUGACAAGCAGAAGAUCUCGAGGAAUCAGAUGUGCCCAUGUGGGUCAAAGAAGAAAUAUAAAGCCUGCUGCGGAACAAUAACUGGGAAAUCCGCUGCGAGAUUGCUAGCUAACCAAACGGUUGAAUCUAAAAAGGGUAGAAAAGAAAGGAAAAAUUGCAGGAGACCGUCCGAAGCCGAUACAGGGGAACCAGAUGUGGGUGCCCUUUGCAUAUAGUUAACACCACCAGGCAGAAUCACAAGAGAGCAAUGGCAAAUGGUUAUGGUAUUGCUACAAAGAUUUGUUUACAGGUCAGGAGCAUAUUGUUAGAGAGCAUACCCGUACGGGGUCAGCAUUUGUUGUUACCCUUAAUUAUCUGACGGAACUUGUGUGAGGAGAGCUUUUUAACGAUAUUAUCCGUUUUUUUAUAUUUUAAAGUAGGAAAUAAUAAGA